AUGGCCUCUCAAACUCCAGCCGUUGUCAUGGACAACGGUACUGGUUACUCCAAACUUGGAUUUGCCGGUAACGAUGCGCCUUCUUUCGUUUUCCCCACAGCAAUUGCAACCAAGGCCGGUGCUGGCAGCGCUGGGAGCUCGGGUGCGCGGCCUGCAGUUGCGAACAAGCCAUCCUUCCUAGGCGGCGGAGGCGGAGCUAGCUCUAACCUGUCUGCGAAACGUGGUACUGAAGACCUGGAUUUCUUCAUUGGUGACGAGGCUCUAGCCGCUGGCAAUGGUCCGGGAUACGGUGUGAACUACCCCAUUCGACAUGGACAGGUCGAGAAUUGGGACUAUAUGGAAAGGUUCUGGUCAAACUCGAUCUUCAAGUACCUUCGCGUCGAACCCGAGGACCAUCAUUUCCUUCUCACCGAACCUCCUCUCAACCCACCAGAGAACCGUGAAAACACCGCCGAGAUUAUGUUCGAAUCAUUCAACUGCGCCGGCCUCUACAUCGCCGUUCAAGCCGUGCUUGCCCUCGCUGCCUCAUGGACCUCCUCCAAGGUGACCGACCGAUCCCUGACGGGAACAGUUAUCGACUCCGGUGAUGGUGUCACCCAUGUUAUCCCCGUGGCCGAGGGCUACGUCAUUGGAUCCUCAAUUAAAAGUAUCCCUAUCGCCGGUCGAGACAUUACAUAUUUCGUCCAAAGCUUGCUGCGUGACCGAGGCGAGCCUGACAGCAGUCUGAAGACCGCUGAGAAGGUGAAGGAGGAGUUCUGUUACGUGAGCCCGGAUAUUGUCAAGGAAUUUGCGCGUUAUGAUCGCGAGCCCGAUCGCUUCCUCAAACACACCGUCAACUCGCCCAAUGGCCGCAGUAUUUCCAUCGAUGUUGGAUAUGAGCGCUUCCUCGCCCCAGAGAUCUUCUUCAACCCCGAAAUCUACUCAUCCGACUUCCUGACUCCGCUCCCCACCGUCGUCGAUGGCGUCAUUCAAUCCUCGCCCAUUGAUGUCCGAAGGGGUCUCUAUAAGAACAUUGUCCUGUCUGGUGGUUCCACUCUGUACAAGGACUUUGGUCGCCGUCUACAGCGUGAUAUCCGCCACCUCGUCGAUGCUCGUAUCCGUGCAUCUGAGGCUCGCAGUGGCGGUGCCCGCUCUGGUGGUCUGGAUGUUGCAGUGGUUACACACAAGCGCCAGCGGCACGGUCCCUGGUUCGGAGGCAGUUUGCUGGGUCAGACGCCUGAGUUCCGAAGCUACUGCCACACCAAGGCUGAGUACGAUGAGAUUGGUCCCAGCAUUGUGCGAAGAUUCGCUCUGCUCGGUGGGCCUGGAAGCUCAUAA